AUGCAUUCCUCGCUGGAGCACGUUGAUGCUUGCCUUCCUAUUACGGCACUGAAGGCACUUGAAGUGAAGGACGGGAGAUUCAUUUUGCAAGGACAAGGUCUAUUUUGUCGCUUGAUUGAUGAGAACACCGGCAAGCUUGUUGCUGAGCUCAAGACCUUCAAGAGGAACAACAUCCAUGGAUUCGCGGUUCUCAACCAGACAGCGCAGAAUGCAGACAGUGAACCUGUGCAACUGGUAGCUUGGGGAGGACAGUCGGUUAGGGUUAUUAACUUGAACCACGGGGGAAAUCAGACCACGCUAUCAGCAGCAAGUGCGGAAUUUCUAGCGCCGGAUUGGAUUCUGGCUGGAUGUGCCUCUAACGAGGACGACAAGCAAUGCGCUUAUCUUGUCACGGCGCAUAAUGCUCUCAUCGCUUUACAUCUCGUGCAAGCAGAUUCAUCAUCAAAGUAUGAAAACGCCCUCCAUUUACACCAGUUGGAAACGAGUGUCAAAUCCAUGCUCUAUUCAGCACACACCGUUCAACUUUCACCAUCCCACGUUCUGGUUGCCGCUGGUACUGUCUUUGGUGAGAUUAUCGUAUGGUCGUGCUUCAUUAACGCCCCGGAGAGUCUCUGCUCCGACGCAGUCAGCUCCAUCCACCACUUCUUCACAGGUCACGAGGGGUCUAUUUUCGGCGUUGAAAUCUCGCCCACGAUCCCUAAUUUGGGAAACAACAAGCAAGGCCGGCUAUUAGCCAGCUGUAGCGAUGAUAGAACCGUCAGGAUCUGGGACAUAUCCGAUUGCGAUAGUGCGUCUCCCAACGAUCCAUCGGCAUAUUCGACAGACGGUUUCGAACUCCGCAGUACGGGCUUUGGCGCUGUUCGGGAACUGGGGUCGGAACCCUGCAUCGCGAAGGCCUUUGGUCAUAUUGCUCGGAUAUGGAGUGUUCAUUUCAUGUCGACGGCGACGGUGGAGCAUGGCAAGUUACGGCUGGUAUCGCGUGGCGAGGAUGCGCAGUGCUUGUUGUGGGAUUUGACUUGGAAGCAAUAUUCUCAAGGACCGGAGUUUGGUCUGCGUGAAACUUCAUCUUUCCAUUAUCACACUGGAAAGCAUAUCUUUUCCUUGAGCUUGCACGAGGUCGAUGGUAGGGUUGUUGUUCAUACUGGAGGCAAUGACGGCGCCAUCAAGACCUUCAAGGUUGAUGAGGAAGGAGAUGUAUCAAACAACGCCGUUGCACCUGCUCCUUCCAACAAUCAACCCAAGAAAAGCAAGAAGGAAGUGCCGUUCAAAGCAUUUGACUUUAUCGCCCCAGAUUGUUUCAUCGCAACGUCCGUGAAUGGAGAAGUUCAACUGGGAUAUGUCGGGCCUCAGAAUGUGGCUGAACUCGGUAUGCAGCCUGAAGUGUCAAAGGAGAUUCUCUGCGUUGAAGAUGAUCUCCGUGGGUACUCUGUCAUUUCUGGCCUACCGUCAAAGGGAGUGGCGUUAUUGGGCAAUGCACGAGGAUUGAUUCGCUUAUAUGAUCACCAAAGUAAAUCACUGGCCAAGGUUGUUCAGACGGAUCAGAGACCGCUUGGGCUAUUUGCCCUGGAUUCGGAUCCGGAUUCGUCUAGUCCAUCCGUCUCCUUUGUUGCCUCUUAUGUUGCUACCGAUAGGGCAAACCUCUUCACCGUCACAAGAAAGGAGGGUUCAGAACCACAUGUGCAAAACAUGCCCUUGUGCCUUCUUUAUCCUUCCGAGGUACAAUGCGCCUCUCUCGUCUGCGGUGGUCAAUAUCUUGUUCUGGGAUUCAAAAACGGUUCACUUGCCGUGUAUCGGAUACCAAGCCCUGGCGACAGUUUCGAGGACUUGCUACGACCAGUAACAAGCAUCCGUCUCGUCCACGGCGAUGAAGGCGUCAACCACAUCACAUCCUUCUCCUCAAGCACCCACGACGACGGCUCAUCCACCGACUACCUCCUAACCUGCGGCCGCGACGGAAACUACUGCGUCCACGAAAUCACCACAAACCCCACCACCGAUUCCUUCAACUUCCAAACCGUCCACCGCUCCUCCCCAGCAGCAAACCAGAACGUAGAAGGCACAUACUUUGACAAAACCUCAGACGACCUUAUGCUCUACGGCUUCCGCGGCAUGGACUUUGUCGUCUGGAACGAGACAAUGCAAUCCGAAGUCGCUAGAUUCUUUUGCGGUGGUGCACGUCGGAACUGGGCUUUCCAGCCUAGUCUUGAAGAUCCGGGUGAUGGGUUGUUUAUUUGGCAUCAGUCUGGGUUUAAUUGUCGGCGGGUACAUGCUGAGGCUAGUCAUCCGGUGCGUGCAGGUGGUCAUGGGAGGGAGAUAAAGUCCAUGGAGUCAUUUAAUGCCACUGAUGCAGGGAAGAAAACUAUUUUCGCCACGGGAGCUGAGGAUACCACUGUGCGUCUUUUCGCGCCGAUGCAGCCCGACAAGGAAGACCUAUGGGGUGCAUUUAAGAGUCUGCGGGUUCUCAAGAAGCACAGGGCUGGUCUGCAGCAGGUGGGGUGGUCGAAGAAUGGAGAGUACUUGUUUACCAGUUCCGGGUAUGAAGAGUUCUUUGCUUGGAGGAUACGCUGGAUUCCUCGGUUUGGAGUUGCAACGUUGCUCGUGGGCGUGACUCCAAAGGAGGAUCCGGAUUCGGAGUGUCGGGUGACUAGUUUUGAUACCCUGGAGGUUCAGGAACCGGAUGGCCAGUGUGGCUUUCUGGUUGUUUUGGCUUUCCCGAACUCUGUGAUCAAGAUCUUCCAUUACUCCCCAUCCACCGACAACGGCUUCACCCUCCUAGCGAAGGGAACAUACAUGAGCAACUGCCUAACACAAGCCCAAUUCAUCCAAAGAGACUCUUUCAUGGGUCUCAUUACUGCCUCCACAGACGGCCAUUUCACCUUCUGGAACCUAACCCCAGUCCUCUUACCCUUCUACACAAUAACUGCCUCAAACCUAUCCCUAAAACAACAACUCGAACCCACAACCACCCCGACAAACAUCACCUGCGAAAGCCGCUACCAAAUCCACUCCAACAGCAUCAAAUCCCUGGAACUAGUACCCGUUUCAGAAACAACUUCCUUGAUAGCAUCCAGCGGCGACGACAACGCCCUCACGCUCUCCCUCCUCCACACAUCGCUCACCAACACCACCGACGAAGCCACCCACGUCUACACAGUCAGCAUCCCCGACGCGCACACCGCAUCCGUAACAACCGUCAAGGUAAUCUCACAACGGAAAUCUGCCGACGGAAACACAAUGGUUGAUUUGACGAUUGCUUCCUCGGGCAAUGACCACCGGGUUAAAAUCUGGUCGGUUAAAUUGGAUACCGCGAAAGAGGGGGUGGAGGCGAUUAGUGUGAGGAAUGUGGUUAAUCAUUAUAGUCCUGUGGCGGAUAUUGCGGCUUUGGAUGUUGUUCGGGUUGCUGAUGAGGGAGAGGGGGAGGGUGUGAAGUUACUUGUUUGUGGGGUUGGGAUGGAAAUGGUGAGGGUUGGAUGA